UGGCUCUCAAAUGGUCGUUCCUCCUCAUUUUUCCUCCAAGCCCCCAAAACCUCUCUUCUCCUCCUCCAAAGCAGCCGUUACCACCUCCUCUGCAGCUCGUCGUAUCCUCGACUAUCUCUCCACCCUGACCUCCUCUUCCUCCCUCCCUUCCCUCCUUUUCGAUAUCCUCCGCGAUGGCCUCCACGUCAAUUCUGCCGUCUCCGCCGCCUUUAUCUCCUGCUCACUCUCCCUUCUCUCACCCCGCCCCGCCAUUCUCCUUUUCUCCGUGCUCCGCCGCCCAUCUCCUUUCGUCUGCAACACUCUGAUGCGCUCCCUCCUCGCUUUCCGCUCAUCCGCCCCACUCUUCAUCUUCCACCAGAUGCACCUCUCCUCUGUCCCUUCCAAUCACCAUACCUUCCCCCUCAUCCUGAAAUCCCUCUCCAUCCUCCGUUUCCUCCAUUCCGGCUUCUCUCUCCACUCCCACAUUCUCAAGCUCGGCCACCUCUCAGACUCCUACAUCUCUUCCUCCCUUCUCCACUUUUACGCUGUAUGCUCCGACUCCGAUACUGCUGUCCACCUGUUCGACGAUUUGCCUUUGAGAGGGGUAGUUGCUUGGUCCACCCUCAUCGCCGGCCUUGCCAAGGCGGACCGCCCGGAAGACGCUCUGCUCGUUUUCGAGCGAAUGCACUUCGCUGGAGUCACGCCCAACCGCGUCACCAUGGUGAGUACCCUCGCCGCUUGUGCUGCCCAUGGCGCCUCCCUUGAUUUCGGUCAGUGGAUUCACCGCCAAGCGACCCAUGCAGGUUGGGAGCUUGACGUCGUUCUCGGUACGGCUCUCGUUGACAUGUAUUGCAAAUACGGCUGCGUCAAUGCCGGCUUUGAUGUGUUCUUGAGAAUGCCUCAGCGGAGUUUGUUCACAUGGAAUUCAUUGAUUCAAGGCUUUGCUUUUUCAAAAGGAGGGGCAAUGGCGCUGAAAUGGUUCUUAAGGAUGGAGGAGGAAGGUGUGAGACCUGAUGCUGUUACCCUUGUUGGAGUCCUCACAGCUUGUAGCCAUUCGGGGUUGGUAGAGCCUGGGCGGAGGAUAUUUGACAUGGUAGUUGGAGGUAAGUUUGGGUUUAAAGCAGGGAUCAAACAUUAUGGGUGUAUGGUGGAUCUUUAUGGAAAGGCAGGGUUACUUGAUGCGGCUGUAGAAUGCAUUCAAAUGAUGCCGUUUGAGCCUAAUGUUGUCAUCUAUGGAUCCUUGUUGUCUGGUUCGAGAGCAAGAAAGGAGAUGCAUUUGAGCGAAUUUGCUGUAAGGAGGUUAGUAGAGCUACAGCCUGAAAAUGCUGCACAUUAUGUGCUGUUAUCAAAUCUCUAUGUGGAGAUGGGGAUGUGGAAGGAAGCUGAGGAGGUAAGGAGGUCCAUGAGGGAGUUGGAUUUGAGGAAAGAGUCUGGUUGGUCUUUGACAGAGUGGGAUGAUAUGGAGGAGUAUUUUGAAGAGGCUGUUUAGUAUUUUUGUUACCAUACGAAGAAUGGAAAUUGCUGGUUUCCAGAAGCUGAGGACUGCAUUGUAUUUACGUAAGAGGUAGAAGAAAGAAGCAAAUGGAGGAAACCUCUUUGUUUUCCGGUAGAGGUUCUGGUUUAGCCAAGCAUCUUCUGAGUUCAGUCAAGAAUCACUUAUUGAGGAUGACGAAGAAGUGGUGUUAGAGUUGACCUAUAAAGUCUUGUCCUUGUUGUUGUACUUUCACACCCAUUUAUUCUUUUUUUUUUUACUUAUGUUUCUUCCCUUCUACAAGAUCCAGACAACCACAUUUGAUAUGCCCUAAGUUCUUACAAUUGAAGCAUUUCACUUCUUCCUUUACAACUGCAAGAGAAUUUUUAAUCAUAAUUUUAUUACUUCUAUAUUUUUCUUGUCUUUGUUGUGUUUUCUUUAAACAUUGUCGUUGCCAUGUUCCAAGUUCUGGAUGAGAAAAAUGAAGGGUUGCAUUAGGUAGUCGAAUGUCAGCGUAAAACUUGUCACGUAGUGGGAUGAAGGCUUGAUGUUGUUGUUGUUGUUGUUUGUUGUGUUUUCUUUAGCAUUGAUUGCAACUGCCUUGAGAUAUUGGAAACUUUAUUGUCCUCUAUUGCACUUAUGGGUGUUCUCUUCUCUAAAUCUUCUGCUUGCAAAGCAAUCUCGUUUUCUUUUCUUGAAUGGAUCCUUAAAAUCUCUAAGUUGGCAUGUCCUUUUCAUUUGCUAUCAAAGAGCCAAAAAGCUGAUCCGAGUGUAUAAGUAAAAAGACAAUCACAUUGCAUGGUAACAGUUACCUUAGGAUCUUAUUUCUUAUUUAAGCAUCUUAGAAUCUUAAAUAUAACAUCUUCAUUUCUAUAAGUUAUGCCUAAUGAAUGUAAAACUCGUGUACUAAUCCAUAAAUACUAGCAUUCAUAAAUUCAUUAGUUCUUUCAUAAUUAAUAGUAAGCUUAUCCUAAAUUUCUUUUGUAGUUUCAACAUAGAAUCUCUCCUGAAAUCAUCAGGUUUUGGAGAGUAGUAAAGGUCGCUCUUGGCAUUGGAGUUUAAGUUUGUCUAGAUUAAUCUUGGCCUGAGUUCAUUCAAAUAAUGACUUCAUGCAAAUCAUAAUUGAGGGAUUAGGACUAUAGUUAAUAGAUUAUAAUCCACCACCUGAUGAAGUUUGGAGAAGUUGCCUAUGUUCCUCUCCUUAUGCCACUGUUGGGUCUCAACAACUAAGGCUUCAUUUGGAAAAGUUUUUUACUGCUUUCUAAAACAGUUUUUUUUAGAAAUUUUUGUACUAAAAAGUUACUUUAAAAAACAGAAAGAAAACUAGUGCGGAUAAAUUUCGUGCCCAUCAAUUGCUUGUCAGUAGGAAUAGUUCUCUGUAUUUUCUUCCUCACUGUUGAUAUGCCUAU